UGACAGCUUAAAACGUCAACGUAAUAUUUACAAUAAUGGAUAUAACUUCGUUUUCGGAUGAAAAUUUUGACACCAAAGAAUGGGUUAAUAAGAUUUUGCAGAAUGCUGAUGUUCAAGAUAAAAAAGAGUCGUACACGAUGUCUUUAGUUAUGAAACUACAAUUAUACGUGCAACAAGUUAACGCGGCGUUAGAAGACACCAGCCAACAAGUUUUUAUGUCUCUACCAAAGAUUUUGCGAGAUACGAAAAAUUUGCAGCAAGAAGCUUUAUCGUUACAAGAGAAAAUGAGUGUUGUUAAAGAGGAAAUUCGUCAAAUUGAGGAAGAUACGGGUUCAUCUAUUGCUAGUAUUGAAAAAUUAGAUAAGGUUAAGCAUCAAUUGGAGGUUGCUAAACAAGGUUUACAUGAAAGUGAUAAUUGGACGGUUUUAGUGAAUGAUUUAGAAGAAAUCUUUGAUUCGAAAGAUAUCGAUAACAUAACCAAGAAAAUAGUUGGUAUGCAAAAAUCGUUGAAGCUUUUAGUCAACAUUGAAGAUUACGAGGAACGAAAAGAGCAACUUGAAGGGUUAAAAAAUCGUUUAGAAGCUAUCGCAAGUCCGUUUAUUGUUCAAGCUUUCACUUCUAACAAUAUCGAUCAAUCGAUUGUAUACUCAAAAAUAUUUUCAUCAAUUGAUCGUUUACCCCAACUCUUAAAGUAUUAUCACAAAUGCCAAAAAGAUGUUUUAGUAAAAAAGUGGCGUUAUCAACUUGAAAUAGAACAAGACGAACCAAUAACGCAAUUAAUCCACAACUAUUACGACGUCUUACUGUCAAAUUGGCACACCCAAUCGAAAUGGUUAAACCAAGUUUUUCCAUCACAAUCAUCUGUUGACUCAUUAAUCGAUAUUUACAUCGAUGUUUUUGCUAGUUUAGAUCCGAGUCCGUCGGAAUGUGUUGAUGCUGCUAUUAAGCAACAAAUUGAUAAAUUAGGGUUUUUACAUGAAAUUAAAGUAAUAAUUAAACAAUUUGGGAAUAAUAUAAUUGAGGUUAUUAAUAAUAUGGGUGGAAAAACGGGGAUUAAAAAAGAAAAAUUAACUUCGUUGCUAGAAUUAAUUUAUUCACCGUUAGUUGUUUACGUUUCAAAUUACUCAGUUUAUGAACAACACGUUUUAACGCAAAAAUUGUCGCAAAUAAAAUGUAUUAAAGUAGAAUUACCAGAUACCAUCCAAGCUUUGGGUCUUACAAUUCCAUCCGUUAUUAAUUUAGCUCGAGAUGCUAAAAAGCGUUGUGAUGAAAUAACCGAAAAUUGUGGUUAUUGCGGAUUAUUAAAAGCUUUAAGAGUUUUUUUAACAAAUUACGCCGAUCAAUAUCGCGUCGCCUUACGGCAAAUUGAUCGAAAUAAACGCGGUUCUGGAGAAGAGGAUUGGACGAAUUUUCAACUUUGUUUCUCUUUAUUACAAAACACUGGUGAUGUUUUAAUGAAUUUACAAAAAUUAGAGAAAGAUUUAACAUUGGCCGUUUUAAAUUUUAACAAAAAAGAUGACUCAUUCCCCGUUGAGUUCAAAUAUUUAAUGUUAAAUCAAACCGAAAGGAAAGAAUACGAAUCAUUGGUUAAAUGCGUAACGGAAGGAACUAAAUUGAGUUUGUUGGAUCACGUUAUGAAUGAGUUUAAUAAAUUAUGUACUGAUAUACAUAAUGUGACUUAUCAAGUUGUUUUUGGUCCAAUUUCCGGUUAUUUGAAUUCGGUGUCUUCGAGUAAAACUUGGGUUCAAUUUGAUGAUCCUUCGUUUAUGGUGGAUUUACCGGAUUAUAGUUUUUCACCGCAAGAAUAUAUCACUCAAAUUGGCCAAUAUUUAAUAACGUUACCACAACAUUUAGAGCCGUUUUUGUUCCGUGAAAAUCCAUCUUUAGAGUGCGCUUUAAAAGCUUCCGAUCCCGAGUAUAUUAAUAUCGAGGAUGUUGAGGGCGCUUUAGCCGAUGUUUUUUUAAAAAUCAUAGCGAGGGGGACUUGUCAAAGUUAUUGCGACCAAAUUUUAACGAUUUUUGAAUUAACUCCAGCUGCUAGUAGACAAUUAGCUCAUGAUAUUAAUUAUCUUGGAGAUAUUUUGAAAGAUUUCAAUUUAAAUUUAACGGAAAACUUGAAGCAAUUAAUGUCGUUAUUGAAAAUUCCUGUUGAUCAAUAUUUACAACAAAGUGCCGGAUAUACAGCUCGUUAUGUCGCCACAAUUAGGCAAAUGAGAAAUAUUAAAUCUUCUGGUUAAGUACAAA